UCCAAUUGAUGAGGUCCUCUCUGUAUCUCUGUUACAACCUUAAACAAGGCGUGCAGCAUCUGGGAUUUACUUUGCAGUCACAGAAACCUUAGCUAGUCUGCAUGCACGCUGUAUCAAGUCUGCAUGCACACAAGAAAGUGCAAGCUAUACAUUAUCACUUAUUUUGGACUUACUUAUAUUCUUUUUUUUUUGUAAGAGUAGUGUAAGCUUAGAGUCUUGCCAUUUUGCCUAUUGGGAAGCUGAAAAUGUCGUGGGAUUGUGGGCUAAGGUACAUGUUUUCUGUGCCCCCUGCGCUACAGCAGGGGAACAAGUGUAUGACGCAUGACAAGGAAGAGCUUUCCAGGCUUGAGAUGGUCCAGAGACUGGCAAAGGAUGGCUGUCGCUUCCUGCAGAACCACAGCAAGGGCGCAGAAAAGGCGAGUGAGCCCCAGAGUGACGAGGCAGUCCGCUUGUGUCUCAGGGAGAGCGGUCACGAUGUACUCAUUCUCCAGAGAGUGUCGUCAGAGCAGCCAGCCCUCACCGCAUCAGCGAGGGGAGGAGGGAGAGAGGAGGCAAGGAACAGGAGGUACGUGGUGGUAUCAGGGACCCCUGAGAAGAUCCUGGAGCACUUGCUGAAUGACAUGACACUGGAUGAUGACCGAAGGACACCCCAGAGCAAAGACUCAGAUAUGCUAGACGACUUUCUGCUUACCUACCCAGUGUUCAUGUCAACCAGUGAUUUAUGCCAAGCUCUGCUGGGACACUAUUGCGCCAAGCGUCACAAAGGGAAAGAGGACAGGAAGGAAGCUCUGGAGAGGAAGCAAAAACUCCUGCACCUGGUGUCACAGUGGAUGUCUCUGUGUAAAGACUUCCUGAGAGAAGACGAACAUGUCAAACUCUUCAUGAAGACUUUAUAUCGCUACAUGCUGGACGAUCUUUUUGAGCACCCAGCCCUGGAAAAGGAUGUGGGGGAGCUGCAGAGGCUCUACCAGCUGCAUCGUAGAAAUACGGGGGACGAAUAUUCGCCUCACAAAAAGAGCAAAGUGCUUUUCCACCAAUUGAGCCUGAAAGAGAACGGGUUCCAGUCGAGAAGUACGCACAGGGAGACCAAGGAAGUGCUGUGUCGCGUGUAUGUGUCCAUGGACUCGUACCUGAGCAUGAGGGUACAUUCAGAGGUCCUGGCCCAGGAGCUGUUGCAGGCAGUGGCAGAGAGGAUGGACGUCCCUCACGGGGAGAUGGUACUUGUGGCCGUCACUUAUCCUGGAGGUAGACUCCUCCUGCAGCCUCAGGACAAAGUGUUUUCCCGUUCACUGUGGUCAGUGGGGAGGCUGCAUGUGUGCAGGAAGGACCUUGGUGAAAUCCUGAAUCCAUUCAUAGAGAACUCAGAGCUGCAACAGAGCACGGCCCGCAUCCUGAGUCUAAACACAUGGGAUGUGGCUGUCGCACUCACUGAAGUAGACUGGGCCAUUUUUGACUCAAUGCAUGAGGAAGAACUGGUCUACUUCACCUUCAAACGCCAUGUGUGCAGUAACCACACAAUGCCAUUAGAGCUGCUCCUACAGCGCUGCAAUGAAGUCCAGCUGUGGGUGAUGACUGAAGUGUUGCUGUGUCCAACGCUCUGCAAAAGAGUCCAGCUCAUCAAGAAGUUCAUCAAGAUUGCUGCCCACUGUAAAGCCCAGAGGAACCUCAACUGUUUGUUUGCCAUCAUUAUGGGGCUGAAUGCUGCAGCUGUUAGCCGCCUCAGUCAGACUUGGGAGAAAAUUCCUGGCAAAUUUAAAAAGCUGUUUUCAGAGCUGGAAAGUGUCACAGAUCCGUCACUAAACCACAAAGUCUACAGGGACUCCUUCAAGAAGAUGAAGCCUCCGAAGAUCCCCUUCCUUCCUCUGCUCAUUAAAGAUAUGACAUUCGUUCACGAAGGCAACAAGACAUUUCAUGAUAACCUGGUCAAUUUUGAAAAGCUACACAUGAUAGCGGACAUGGCGCGGGUCAUCCGGCAGUGUCAGAAGGAUCACAUGGGAAAUGGAAUCAGCCAGAAGAGCAGCUCAGAGGUGCGAGCCUACAUUGAUUACCUUCAUAUCAUCGACAAUCAGCAGACUCUGUUUGAACUGUCACACCGGUUGGAGCCUCGCGCUUAGAGAAAAGCCCUGUCUAUACUCCCCACUCCGUCAGCCACUCUGUUGAAUUGCCAAGGAAGAAUCUAUCACUGUCUCAUCUUGAUCACUCAGGACUCAGUCAGCAAUCACAGGAAUACUGCACGAACCUGGCUGUGCACUGGAUUAGAGCCUUUCAAUCUGGAGACAUAAAAAAAGCAGUAAAAGACACAUUUUAGGAUAACAACAUAGGAUAACAAUGCUUGCAUAGAUGCCCACCAGCGUAGCUGAUCCACAGCAGCUAAAGGCAGACUUAGCCAUUACCAUCCAACUGCAGAGCUGCAGUACCGGCAUUUUAAGUGCAACAACAGCAGAAACACUGAGCUGCAGACGUUUAUCAUUACAUCUACAUCUCUGGGGCUGCACCUGCUGUUGCAAUUCCCACUCUUGUCCUGCAGAUGGUGCAAGUUUGCAAGUAAAGACAUUUGCAUCAUAAAAUUGGUAACCCUUAACAAAACUACUUGUUUGCAGGUGUAGUAUUACAACUUCAUAAAUGUGUGAAAAACCUCAUUAGUACCCUCUUUUGGAGCUUUCAUCACGUUACAAAGCUCUCUGAUCGUACAGUGCCAUCAGAUUCACGAUCCAUCUUUAGGGAUUUCCAGACAGUGAUAAGAUAUACAAAGGUUGUUUCAUCAGAUUUAGCCAAAGAAUAUUAAGCAAAGAAGUUCUUCACACAAACUUCUGUAUCUCAGCUCAAUCCACAAUGUUCUUUAGCCAGAUGUAAAAGUUGCACUUCUUGAAAGUGUGCAGUCUAUGGACAACAAGCAGAUGUUUUGCUUAAUCAAAAUGAAAGAAAUUGUGAUAAUAAUUGUUUCAUAUUAACUUUGUUUUUGGGAUAUUUUGCUCCUCUGGCUAUCUUUCCGUUACAGAACUUUUGAUGCAGUAUUUUAUUAUUUACAAGGUCGGCAUUACAGUUGCUUUCCUCAACUAUCGCAGAAAACUAGUGACUUUACAGUACGCUGUAUUUUUUUUCUUUGUUUGUUGGCUAUAGAUAUAGUUAUUCACAUUAGUGCCAAACCCACAUUAAAAAUACUGUUUGCUCAUGUUUUUCAAAGUAUUGGCACAAGGACCUCCUUCUAGUUUAGCUGUGGGCAAUUAGUUAAAAGACAGCAGAUGGUUACUGUUACAUCCCUGUACUGCUCUUAGAACAUUUUAGAUUACCGUUAGCUUUUGGAUUGUGACGGUGAAAGAAAAAAAAAAAAACUAGCACUAAAAUAAAAACAAAAAAAAACUACUCAUUUGACUUCUUAUCUUGUCAAAUGUAUUAGUAGAGGAAAAUAAGUGUAAGGAUGUCCCUCUAAAUAUAGAGCAAUAGUAAAAUCAAAUGCUAAAGCACCUUCUAGACAAAAAUAAUAAGAGAACAAAAGCCAUUGGUUUAUGUGCAGUGUGUAGAAACACUACAAGCUUAAAGUGUGUAUUCAAGUGAAGACUCUUGACAGGUCAGAUCAGACCAGUUCAAGAGUUAUGUGUUGUUUGUUGAUUUCUCGACUGUUGUUUUCUGUCUGUUUUGAAUUUGAAAGCCCACCAUAGUCAUGAAGAGAACAUGAUUUAGUAGUAUCUUAUUCUGGAAAACAUUUGUAUCAUUAACAAUGUACAGUUGAUUCUAUUUAUACGUGUAUAUAACUGAAAUUCUAGAAAAUGGUAUUUAUUUCAGAAUAAUUUAUUUGUUCUAUUGAUACAAGUUAUGACUUUUCUGUUUAAUAGAAUUUGUACACAGUGUUUUGGUUGGUCUGUAUGACAUGUCAAACCUUGACUGACCACCAUUGUCAUCUGUGCAUGCAAUAAAAUAUUUUUUAUCAUCAUGAGCUGCUCAUUAUAAUUAGAGAUAUUCAGUCAGUUAAAACAAGCCAAGUGUACAGGUAGUUUCUAAGACAUAAGAAGUAAUGCUCUGGUUCCACCAGUCCACAGUAAAUAUAUGUUACGGUACAUUGCUAAAAUAAGGACCUCCAAGAAACCAUUAAAAAGACAAAAGGAACUUUCUCAAAUUUGACCAACAGUCUAAAGAUAUUUUACUAUUUGUAUAAUAUUACAAAUACAUAAAUUCCAGUUCAGUUUAGUUUAUUUCUAUAUCACCAAAUAAUCACAAGUCAUAUCCAAGCACUUUACAUACAUAGUAAAUAGUUUCAAAGCAGUUAAAUUAAACACAGCCCAAUUCUAAAUAUUUUCCACUAAUACUGCAAUUAAAUCCAUUUGCAAUUCAUAUAAUGCCAAUUCAUAAUUAACAGCCAAUUGACUAAAACUAGCAGAUUAUAUCGAACCUUCACUUCAAUCCAUUGUUCUAAGCACGCACGAGGCAAUCAUGGAGGGUGAAAGAAAAAAAGAACUUAGCAUUUAUAGUAUAAACAUGUCAUUCAAGUUAUUGUACUAUACUAGACUUAAAAAAUAGCUUAUGAGGGAAUAAAAAGGAAACCACAAAAAACUGUUUGCUGGUGAAAAAAACAAGAAAAGUGAGAAAUGUGGAUAAUCAAUUUAAGGUUAUUUCAUCAACUGCAAAUGUUCUGUAUUAGUUAAUACUGAUAACGUCUGUUUCUAAACUAGUUAUUAACACAGGCUGUAGACACUAAAGUUACAACAAGUCAAAAAGCAAUGGAGCAGUAGCAACACUCACGCUGAUGCACCCCUUUGUCAAAAAAUCUUUAAAUACUGUAAAUUCUACUUAACGGUACAUUGCUUUUGAUCACAGCUUUGCAAUAUUUAUAAUAUGAUGGGAACUAGACAAUACUUAACACUUUCAAUUUUUUUUUAGACAAAAACCCUUCAAACACAAUAUUUUCGUAGUGCUGUUAGGCGGAGGUGUGACCCAGAUGCCCUUUCUGACUUUAACCAGGUGUCCUGCUUGGCCUUUAACAUGACUUAUCUGUGGCACGACCCCUGCUGCGCCGAGCCUCGUACCCUGCCAUUUCCUCCCAAACACUGCCAACACUGUAUCAUUUCCCUGUCACCAAAUGACUGGCUAGAUGCUGCUGUGUGCUAAUGAGAGGAAGAGAAGGCAGAUGAAGAGAAUCUGCAGGAAGACCGCUUUUUCGUUUCCCCGCUGCAAUACAAUACGCAGAAUCAAUCUUUCAUCCUCCAUCUGUCUGUCUGUAGUCACUUUGGCUGCAGGGAGGAAUUAAGAGCAACACAACAGUUAUUAGUGUUGAAGAAAAUCUUAUUUAAGAGGAGUGCUGAUUUUACCUCCCCCACCUCCCCAGAAAACACCAGUGUGAUUCACUGGCUGUAAUUUGUAUAUCACAUAGUCAUUCGUUUAUUCUAGAAGAUAAUAUGGUUGUCUUCCCAUGAGGUUAUUGAGAUAGCAAAGUUCAUGGUCCUCUAUUAAAGAAAAAAAACUGUCCUCAACAAUAAAUAAACUAGCUUCUUAAGUAGUUUUAUUUCCUUACAUAUAUUGUAUAUUUUUUUGUGUAAUGCUGCGCAACAUGAUCUCAACCUUAACUCUGAUGUGGCAGCUAAAGCUUCUCUGACAUGCAGCAUGUAUUUCUAAUAAGAAUAAAAGUUUAAUCCAAGCAUCUUCUCAGUUUUCAAUUAACCUCAAAGAAACUUGUUUAAAAAGAUAACAUUUUAGAUUAGAUGACCCUUCCCUGACAUGCA